CCGUUUACCAUUCUGUCUUUCACAUACUCACCUAUGGCAAACAUACGCAAUAAAUCUACUCUUUCUAUGGAGCAUCCUAGAUCACAACCACGAGUUCUUUCUAUCGACACAACUUUCACAUGCCCUCUCUGUUCAGAGAUUUUAUCUUCACGGACGCAUCUUCUUCGACAUGUUGGAAGUGAACACACUGAGUCGUUGUUCGCCAUUUGCAAGACUUGUCUUCAGUGUUUUGAGCCCAAGGACAUAGAUGGUCACAUAAGUGCUUGCAAAGGCCCUUACGUUUGUCCCUAUUGUCGUCAUACUUUUGCUCUCCUUUCUUACCUUAACCGGCAUAUUCGACGGAAACAUUCCACAGAUGAUGAGAACCGGGCACCUAAUAACAUUAUUGGCAGUGGUCCCCGUUAUGCUUGCAAAUUUUGCUCCAAUACAUUUUCCUCUAAUAAUGCUUUAAAUACUCAUAUUCAAAGGCAUCUGAAUCUUGUUUGCGGCUUUUGUGGUUCGAAAAUGAACAAUGAGUCGAAUGAUUUGGUCAACUGUUCGACAUGUGGAAAUCGAUUAUCUUCCGGUGAUAUUAAAAUGGGUGAUCAGCAGAUGUGUGAUAAAAGUGACGGUCGGGCAGAGGAGGAAGUACCUUCAAGUUCUUCCCCUCCACAAGACAUUAAUGCCGUCCAAUUGAGAAUGCCGCAGUUUACCUGCCCGUAUUGUCAAAGGUUCUAUGUAUCUCUAACGUGCUUUCGUAAACACCUUGCUACUCAUGCUCCUUCCCAACCCGUGAUAUCUUCAUCCACUGCAUCAGCUGCUAUGACCAUUGGCAGUAAACCUGCUGCUACCAUGGUAACAAGGCCACCGCGAAGAGUCUCUGAAGGCUCCACGUCUUCAAGUACCGUCUCAUCUAGUGAUGCUUUCUUCAAAGACUUCACCGAAGAAGAUUGGAUGCAAGCGGAUUCCUACCUUUGUCUUUCCCAACCACAGAAUCUCAAUUUACUGCACUCCAUUGUGUACGAAGGUGCUAGUUUGGAGUUUCUGUGA